AUGAGGAGGGGGGGCGGCUCCACCCACGCGUAUCUGCUUGAACUAUCUAUUCAUCUCAUUUCUCUCUCACUAUCUUUCUAUCUAAGGCUGUUCAUAUCUAUCUAUCUAUCUAUCUAUCUAUCUAUCUAUCUAUCUAUCUAUCUUCUUUCUCUCUCACUAUCUAUCUAUCUAUCUAUCUAUCUGAAUCUUUUUCUUUCUUUCUUUCUUUCUAUAAAUCUAUUUAGCUAUGUAUUUAUCUCAGUCUUUCUCUCUCACUGUCUAUCUAAGGCUGUUUAUCUCUCUCUCUCUCUCUCUCUCUCUCUAUCUAUCUAUCUAUCUAUCUAUUUAUCUAUCUAUCUCUCUUCGCAACAGAAAUUACUUAAACUCCCACUUUUACCAUUAUCAUUGCUCGACUUUCUAUCAUUCAAACUUGGCUGUUUAAUAAAUUUACGUCACAUCUGUUUAUGCCUGUUAAUAUCUAUUUGUUCUUUAUCCCAUCUAUCUAUCUAUCUAUCUAUCUAUCUAUCUAUCUAUCUAUCUAUCUAUCUCAAUGUGUUAAUUUCUAUCGAACCCAGUCUAAUUAUAUCUAUCUAUCGAUCUCAAUUUGAUAAUAUCUAUCUAUUUCUUUCUUUCUUAAUCUAUCUCUUUCUUUACUUUCUGUCUUUCUUAAUCUAUCUAUCUAUCUAUCUAUCUAUCUAUCUAUCUAUCUAUCUAUCUAUCUAUCUAUCUAUCUAUCUAUCUCAAUGUCUUCAUGAACAAGAAAAAGAAUUGGAAAACUUAGCAAAAUUGCAAAAGGAGAAAGCCAACAACGUUGUGUUCCAGACAACUAAAGACAUAAAGGUUGUGCAAGAAGACGGGAAAAAAGAAAAAAUCGUCAAGACUUCCAAAAAUGGUCAUUUAUUUCAACUCCUAACUUCUAUUACACUUCUAAUCUAUCUAUCUAUCUAUCUAUCUAUCUAUCUAUCUAUCUAUCUAUCUAUCUAUCCCAGCAUGCUCAUUAUCUAUCUACAUAAGCCUGUUCAUAUCUAUCUAUCUAUCUAUCUAUCUAUCUAUCUAUCUAUCUCAACAUGCACAUUAUCUAUCUAUCUAUCUAUCUAUCUAUCUAUCUAUCUAUCUAUCUCAACAUGCUCAUUAUCUAUCUAUCUAUCCAUCUAA